GCGGUGCGAGCAGUGCCAAGCAGCGGGGCAGCAGGAGACAAGGUCCGUCAUACAAGGGAGGAAAGAAGUGCAGCGCCAUCUCUCGCCUAGCGACAGAGCUCCGGAGUUUUUUAUUCCGACUCGGGCCGCCGACACCGGGACCCAUUCGACCCACCGACGCAGUCUUCUAGAAGCCGUGCCCCGUCAGCAUCAGCAUCGCCAUGUUGAACGCCCGCACGUGGGCCGUCGCCCUGCUCGCCCUGCUUGUGCUGAGCGUCACCUCGGCUGGCAAGGGCGCGCCCCAGUUCGUGCCCAACGGCCGGUACGGCCGCCGGAGCGUCACGCCGCCUCUCGCUGGUGUAUCCAGAGAUCUGACGGUGAACUUCUUCGGAGAUUCAAGCAUAUCCUGCGCUUACACGGGAUUCGCAGACAUCUACAGGUGUUCCAGGAAAGCAUCCGAGGAUUACAAGGACACGUCAUUCGAAUGAAAGUGACCCCCGGCCGACUCCACCUAGCGGCGGUGACAUCCGACUUCUCCCCAAUUGUGUUCGCUACGAUCGGAAAAGCGGAAGAUGGCGGAUACGAAUGGCACCGCAUCCAAAAGAAAAAAUGUGUUUUCUGUUUCGACAAAACCCCGCCGAAUUUCCUCUAGCUAGGGCAAUGCAGUUACAGUAAAACCACGAGGUGCUAAACUACGAGGCUGGACUAUAAAGUAUCGCGAAAUAAAUUCGUUCGUUUCCUGGUCUAUACUUGUGAGACGGGGCAAUACCGAACACCAAUUGACUGUGAGAAUUAUUUCGAGCGUGUGCGAACGACUUGAUAGUUCCACGAAACAAGUAAAAACUAUGCGUGCUGAAGGUGUGUCCACGUGCGCCUCUUUGAGACCAUUCUUGUCUUCUUCAAUAAUGUCAACCCCCCCCCCCCCCACCCACUCUCGGUCUAUUGUUGAAGGACCAUACACUCACGUUUGACGCGAGGCACCUCGUCGAAUACGCGUUUCAUGGCCUCUUAGAUAGCGCAGAAGCGAUGUUUCCUUUAUCCGAUGACCUUCUUGGAUGAACAAAGUUUUUGCCAGCGACAAUCUCGCAGGAAAAAAAAACGAAAAAAAUAUGUGCGCUUCGCUUUCUCGAGUGCCCGACCACUACAUGUUAACACAUCUCCAAUUUUGAAGUCUCGAUCAGAACGUUUCGCUCAAAUUAGACAGCGCAUUUAGCAACGAGUGUUCUCGCAUUGUGCUUGAAUUGAGCACCUCCUUCCUAGCAACUACGAUACCAAAGUUCUUUCUCGAAGCACGCGUCUUAGUCGUCCAAAAGUUUCAGGCUUUGCUCGUAAUCCUCUUUAAAGAACGCCGUCGAUUUACGGCCGCGAACGUAGGCAGGCUGAGGACGCGUCCAUCCGCAAAAGAGCGCGACUAUGUAUUACGUCCUUUAAGAUUUGGAAGUUGCCAGCGAAGUACACAGUCUUCAGAACUUAAGCCACUUACCUGAGAUAUAUCUCGCUUAUACAGUGUCAUUGUGAAUUCACACCGACACCACUGGCUUAUAAAUAACUCCUAAUUACGCAUUUUCGGGAUUUCAUUAUUAUGUAUCUUUCAUCGUGUAGCUACUAUCCUCUCGAAAGUUGGCCGGUUCUCUGUACACGAUACGGCAUAGUAUGGCUCGGACUGUAUACCUCUGAAGUCGUCAAUUCACACAGGAGAGCCCCGAUUUGCAUGAACGAGGAUUGCGAACAGAACAGUCGAGUAGUGGUUUCACGAUGACAGCGUUCUUAAUCCGUACAACGUCCCCUAGAUAUGCAUCGCGGAGAACUGCGUUUCCCGUUGCCCAACGGCUCACCACCAUCCCUCAAGUCCCACUGGCAUUCUAGAAAACUUAGCCAAUACGUCCUACGCGCGUCGCUUUACUUGCCUAACUUGUUUUUCGCUUGUUUUUUGCCGGCUGAUCUCGCGCGACGCGUGGACUCUGCAGGUACGAGGACCGUUUGGCCGCGCGUCAAACGUGAAGGCGAAUGGAUCCCUUACAAUAACCGGGUAAACCUUAUCGUAGGGUCAAAAUGAGAUGAGCUUACACCUCUGGUGAUAAGACCUACUUUACUUCCUUCUCUGGUCAGAGCGCACGACCUGUGAGACAAUCCCCGAGGAAGCGGCAUGUCCGAAAACAUGGCAUCUCCUUUGCGCCCGGACAACGUUCAAGCUGGAUGAUAUUCUGUACUAAAUAAAGGUGACCCACAUACCAACA